AUGGUGGCGUAUGGCCUUGACUACACAAGGUGCAGAUGGAUCUUGCCUCUGAUGUUAGGCAUAGCGGUCAUCUUUGGCCUUAUUGCGCUGGCCGGCAAGGGCUGGCUGGAGUCGGAGACGUUGCCCUAUCAGCAUCAAGCCUCGUUAUGGGAAAGCUGUACAAAGUUCAACAAUGAGCCUGAAUGGACAUGCAACUCCCUGAUGGACUAUGCCUGGGGGAGAGCUGCUGCUGCCACAUUCCUUGUUGGCUAUAUCAUUCUGGUCAUUUGUUUUGCCCUGGCCAUCAUAGCAUUCGCCAUUGAUACACUUCGGUUCAACUUCAUACGAGGAAUUGGAGGCUUGCUCUUUGUUGCUGCUGUGUUCUCGAUCAUGGCCCUGGUCAUUUAUCCAGUGAAGUACACAAAUGAAAUUGACAUGGAAGGAGUCAAUAUGUUCAGCUGGGCCUAUGGCUUUGCUUGGACCACCACCAUUAUGGAAAUAGGCCUGGGGUUCUUCUUCUGCUGCCUCCCGAAUUAUGAAGAUGAGAUCCUGGGCAACGUCAAGCCCACAUAUUUUUAUACUUCCCCAUAA